AUGACCGAUUCAAAGUAUUUCACCACAACGAAAAAAGGUGAAAUAUUCGAGCUGAAAAAUGAACUGAAUUCGGAUAAGAAGGAGAAGAAGCGUGAAGCUGUGAAAAAGGUGAUUGCGAGUAUGACUGUUGGUAAGGAUGUUAGUGCGCUAUUUCCGGACGUCGUGAAUUGUAUGCAAACGGAUAAUGUUGAAUUGAAGAAGUUGGUCUAUCUUUAUUUGAUGAAUUAUGCAAAAAGUCAGCCGGAUCUUGCAAUUAUGGCUGUUAAUACAUUCGUUAAAGACUGUGAAGAUCCGAAUCCGCUGAUUCGCGCACUAGCGGUGAGAACGAUGGGUUGUAUUCGUGUUGAUAAGAUCACCGAAUAUCUGUGUGAACCACUGCGUAAAUGUAUGAAAGAUGAAGAUCCAUAUGUGCGAAAGACUGCGGCAGUUUGUGUCGCUAAACUACACGACAUCAAUGCGUCGUUGGUUGAAGAUCAAGGAUUUGUGGAGUUGCUGAAUGAUUUGUUGAGUGAUUCGAAUCCGAUGGUGGUGGCAAACGCGGUUGCGGCGUUGACCGAGAUCAACGAAACAAGACCGUUGAUUGAGAUCAAUUCACAGACAAUCAACAAACUGUUGACGGCACUGAACGAGUGCACCGAAUGGGGUCAAGUCUUCAUUCUGGAUGCACUCGCGUCCUAUCAACCCAAAGAUGAACGUGAAGCGCAAAACAUUUGCGAACGUAUCAGUCCUCGUCUUGCACACGCAAAUGCGGCCGUUGUGCUCUCAACAGUCAAAGUGUUGAUGAAACUCGUCGAGAUGUUACCCGAAACAUCCGAAUUCAUCGGUCAACUAACCAAGAAAUUGGCACCACCAAUGGUCACUCUACUGUCGGCCGAACCUGAAAUACAAUACGUUGCUCUAAGAAAUAUCAAUUUGAUCGUACAAAAGCGACCGGAUAUUCUGAAGCAGGAAAUGAAAGUGUUCUUUGUGAAAUACAACGAUCCGAUAUAUGUGAAAAUGGAAAAAUUGGAUAUAAUGAUUCGUCUUGCACAACAGAGCAAUAUAUCGCAGGUGUUGAGUGAACUGAAAGAAUAUGCCACAGAGGUGGACGUUGAUUUCGUACGCAAAGCUGUGCGUGCAAUUGGUCGUUGUGCGAUCAAGGUGGAGCAAAGCGCUGAACGAUGUGUGAGCACACUGUUGGAUUUGAUACAGACGAAGGUGAAUUAUGUGGUGCAAGAGGCAGUCGUUGUCAUCAAGGACAUAUUCCGUAAGUAUCCGAACAAAUACGAAAGUAUCAUCUCGACUCUAUGCGAGAAUUUGGAUACGUUGGAUGAGCCAGAGGCACGUGCCUCGAUGAUCUGGAUAAUUGGCGAGUAUGCGGAACGGAUUGAUAAUGCAGAUGAACUGCUCGAGUCAUUCGUCGAAGGUUUCCAUGAUGAAAAUACGCAAGUUCAACUGCAACUGUUAACCGCAGUGGUGAAGUUGUUUUUGAAACGUCCAACAGACACGCAGCAACUCGUACAAAGAGUUUUAUCGCUAGCAACACAGGACAGUGAUAAUCCGGACUUGAGGGAUCGUGGAUAUAUCUAUUGGCGUUUACUGAGCGCUGAUCCUGCCGCAGCCAAAGAGGUGGUACUGGCCGAAAAGCCGUUGAUAUCCGAAGAAACAGAUUUACUCGAGCCAUCCUUGUUGGAUCAAUUGGUUUGCCAUAUUGGUUCGCUGGCAUCGGUAUAUCACAAACCACCGAAUUCAUUCGUUGACACUUCUAAACAGCCACUGCGUGUUACAAGCGCACAAGCACAAAGGUUUGCAUUUUAUCGCAUCAAAUUGUUCAUUUUUUGUUUGUCUUUAACGUAG